AUUGUUUCGAUCUCCAAGUCGAAAACACGCGCGAAAUCGAGUGUAAGAAUUUAGACGGCUGCUGGGUGACCGUUGAGUUGUGGUGUAGUUUUUCCAAUUUCUAACCGCGGGGGUGAAUUUAUAAAAAGUGACAACGAAUUUUUUUUCUUUUUGAAUUUACAACAGAUUACCUAGAGAAAAGAACGUAACAAUGAAGAUGCCAUUGUCCUGCGACUGUCCCGCGACAAGACCGGGGCCCACCUUAGCGUCCACGUGUGGUGGGACUCCCUUCAUGCUAUUCAUGGGUCUCCUCGAGGUGUUCCUGCGUUCCCAAUGCGACAUAGAAGACCCCUGCGGUAGACCCAAGUCGGCCAGUCCGUAUCCAGAGUACGAUUUUAUCGUCAUAGGCAGCGGCUCGGCAGGAUCCGUGGUUGCAGGACGAUUGUCCGAAAUACCCGAGUGGAACGUUCUACUAAUAGAAGCUGGCCAGGACGAACCCACAGGAGCGCAGGUGCCGUCCAUGUUCUUGAACUAUUUGGGAACAGAAUUGGACUGGAUGUACUUUACAGAACCGGAAAAGGAAGCUUGUUUGAACGAAAACGAACAAAGGUGUUAUUGGCCCAGGGGCAAGGUUCUUGGUGGUACUUCGGUCAUAAACGGUAUGAUGUACAUAAGGGGUUCUAGACACGACUACGACAACUGGGCGUCCCUGGGAUGUGACGGUUGGAGUUACAACGAUGUGCUGCCGUUCUUCCUGAAAAGCGAGGACAACAAACAACUUGACCUGGUGGAUCGAGGAUACCAUGCGGAAGGAGGUCCAGUUGUUAUCUCCCAGUUCCCGUAUCAUCCGCCCCUGUCACGAGCCCUCGUAGAAGCCGGUGGUGAACUAGGCUAUCCAAACAGAGACCUAAAUGGACAGUACCACACGGGCUUUGCAAUCACCCAAUCGACCAAUAUAAACGGCACCAGACAAAGUACCGCUAAAGCUUUCAUUCGACCAUACAAAAGCAGGAACAAUCUCCAUAUUUUGCUGAACUCUACCGUCACCAGGAUUCUCAUUAAUAAACGCAGUAAGUCGGCGUACGGCGUCGAAGUGGUCAGCGAAGGAAAAAAACAAUCGAUAUUUGCCACAAAAGAGGUCAUUCUAUCUGGAGGAGCAGUGAAUUCUCCACAACUCUUACUCCUUUCUGGCAUUGGACCGCGAGAAGAUUUGGAACAAGUUGGAGUCCCACUGGUUCACCAUUUGCCUGGCGUUGGUAGGAACUUGCAAAAUCACGUCGCCCACUUCCUGACGUUCAACAUAAACGACACCAAUACGACCCCCUUGAAUUGGGCCACUGCUAUGGAAUAUCUGCUCUUCAGGGACGGACUCAUGAGCGGCACCGGU